AUGGCUCAGAUCAAGAGGUGUCUGCUGCGGGGGAAGCUCUUUCGCCAGAGAAGCUCUUCCAGGUUAAGGGAAGGAAUUGUGCUUGGAGCAAAAACAAACAGCCAAGGCGGCAAGUGCUCCCCGAGCCCCAGAAACAGGGAGCUCCCCGUGGCCAUCUCCUACGCUGGGCAAGUUCCCAUGGCUAACGGGGACGCGGCAGACGCUCGCGGUCCUGUAUCGGCCCGCCCACCAAGCUACGACUUCCUAGUCUGGCGGAAGAGUCGGGGGUUCGGCUUCCAUCUUUCGCCUGUCGCCUCCGCGACCGCUUCUUCCGCCCGACCUGGGAGAGCUGCCAUGCCGGCCUCUGCUUCAGAAACGCUGCGCGCCGGGGAACAAGUGGCCGGGGAAGCAGCAGGUAAUAAACCAGCACUGGAAGAAGAGAUCCCAGUACAUGAAGAGUUCACCAGCAUUUGUGGAGCAGCUACUCAGAUCAUAAAAUGUGGCCCUUGGAAAAAUCUCUUCGAAAAGGAAAGUGUUCCAAGACUCUUAUUUUUAGUUAUCCCAGGUAAUCCAGGAUUCACUGGCUAUUAUUGGACAUUCAUUCAAGCUUUGUAUUGUGGCCUAAAUCGGCAGUAUCCAGUUUGGGUUGUAAGUCAUGCAGGACACUGUAGAGUCCCUCAUGACAUGGAAAUUGUGGAAGACACAGAUGUUAAAGAACUGGAUGAUGUCUUUGGACUUUGUGGACAAACUGAACACAAACUGAACUUCCUCCGAAAGACUGUGCCUCAGGAUAUGAAGCUUGUGCUCAUUGGCCACUCAAUUGGUUGUUAUAUUGCUCUUGAAAUGAUCAAGCAAGCACCAGAAUUGGAGGUUAUCCGGUGUGUGAUGCUCUUCCCUACAAUAGAGCGCAUGGCUCAGUCGCCACAAGGCAAGAUCAUGACGCCCUUGCUCUGCCAGUUUCGUUACAUCGUCUACAUGCCAAUAUACCUGAUAAUGCUUCUCCCACAAAAAAUCAAAAGUAUCCUGGUGCGCUUUGUGCUACGAGGACUGAAACACCAUGACGAAUCUUCAGUAAUGGCUUCUUUAGAUCUGGCUAACAUGGAUUGUGUUGCAAAUGUCAUGUACUUGGCAAGUCAAGAGAUGAGGAAGGUUGUGGAGAGAGACAGCAGUACCAUUAAAAAGCACUUAAAGAAGCUGACUUUUUACUAUGGAGCUACAGACCUGUGGUGCCCAGUGCAAUACUAUGAAGAGAUGAAGGCAGAGUUUCCAGAUGGAGACAUCCGAUUGUGUGAAAAAGGAAUCCGACAUGCUUUUGUUCUCGAAGCCAGCAAGGAAGUGGCUGCUAUGGUUACAGAAUGGGUACAGGAUGAUCUAGCCAGACUAUAA